AUGACUCCAUUGCAAACUUUCUUCGCUCAGCAGACCGGGUUCCACACACUAUGGGAUCCCAACAUCGCCGACGCAGACUGCUCGCGGGAGCCGGUCAUCUUCCCCGACACUGACCUGCCAGUGAUGUUCUUUCGAAUCGCACCAACUCCAGUCACCAGGUACACCACCACGUAUUGGAACCCCAUUGGCGAGUUCCCAAUCGAGAGGGUCAUGGAUGCUAUACUCGAUAUAGUCGACAUGCGUGCCCGCCUCGACAUCAGCUUGCUAGGAGCAAGUCGAGCUUUGUGGCCGAAUGCACAAUCGCCACCUGAAGACCUUGAGAUACUGCAAGACGCGCAGCGAUUCCUCUUUGGCGCACUAUGGGUCGGACGCGACUUCCUGUUGCAAAUUUUGCGGGAUUUCGACAUUGCAGGUGCCACAGAACGGAGACACUUGGCAAGCAUGCUGCAUCAGGGUCGAGGUUUUGGGGGAUAUAUUGAGCGACAUAUAAUGUUUCGACUGGCGUGCUAG